AUGAGUCCUGCCGGCACAGUGACAACGAGCAGCGGGGUUACCCGCUCCAUGGAGUCGCGAACUGGGAGGAGCAAUCAAAGAUACAACACCAAAGGCGAACGCUUGGUCGCUGGAGUCGUGCCUCUUACUGAGGACAAGUCGUACGUGAUGUUGAUCCAGUCCACGCGCCGGAAGGGCUGGGUACUGCCCAAGGGCGGCUGGGAGACCGACGAAGAGUGCCAUGAGGCUGCCGCUCGCGAGGCCUGGGAGGAAGCCGGCAUCUUAGUCGAAAUUGUUUACGACUUGGGUGAGAUCCGCGAGACCAGCCCGCGCAAGAAGUCGUCACAGACGAACUCUUCGGGCUCCCCCACUAAGGAUGGCAAGAAGGAAAAGGAGCGCUCGCUCUAUCACUUCUACGAGGUUACCGUUACCAGCGAGGAAGCCGAUUGGCCUGAGCGUGAAAAGCGUGAGCGUAAGUGGUUUACUUUCGUCGAGGCUCACGAACUGCUCAAGGACCGUCCUGAGCUUCAGACUGCCCUGGAGCGGUCGAGAAUGCGGAGAUCGCUGUGA